AUGAAUGCAGAAUUGAGGAUGAUGAUGAAUGCAGAAUUGAGGAUGAUGAUGAAUGCAGAAUUGAGGAUGAUGAAUGCAGAAUUGAGGAUGCAGACAGCGAGCGCACGCUUGACUCCGGAGUUUUCCGCAGUGACGACUCAAAGCGCUUUAAUUGGACGCUGCAUUCUCAACAAAAAUGUGUGAUUGGUUAUACAGUGAUGCUCCAAUCUAAUGCACCAUCAGCAGACCAACUGUAAAAAGAGCACUUUUCAUUCAUAUGAUGACACUGCUAAUAGUUUUCUCUUCGACCCUGGUGCUAAUCCGCAUUAGCGAUGUCACGCACUGAUGCAACACAACAGUACAACAAUAAUGUAAUGUUUAGAUAUAAAUACGAAGUGACGUCUUCAUGCUUGUGCAGGUUUAAUAGUGUUUAUAAACUGCCAGUUCAGUUGUUUGGGAAAACACAGUUCACUCUGCAUAAUAAAGUCGUUAUCUUUAAUAUGGCCAGGCUUUUGUUUCGGAAGAAUUCAACGCCGUGUGUCUUCUCCGUCUCCAUCUUUCCUUCCUGUGAGUUUAGUGUGUUUGUUUACCAGCUAGAAAUCUAGGGUUAGAGUUAGGGUUAGCGUUUCUGGGGCACGUUUUUCCCCCGCUUGCAUUAUCAUUAUUUAUUUAUUGCCUCAGUUACAUAUGAUUUAAACUGUAGUUAAGAACAAAAUGUCAAACAAAACAUACUUAAGUAAAAGUAAAAUUACAGAUUUUAAAAACUACUUCACAAAGUAGACGUAAACAAAUAAAAUCCUCGUUCACAGUAACACAAAUUUCCACCUCUGCUACUAAUCACCAGCUCCUGUCCAAUCACCAUGCAGAACCUUUUCACAUAGAAUAAAUAUUAAAUGAUUAAAUAAUAAGGCAGUGAUGGUUGUCAUGGUAACCCUGCAGUGUAUUUUGACAGAUGAGUUCAGCUCUGAUACUGAAAUAGUUAAACAGGAGUGGGAUGGGGGAGUUUCCUAAUUUGCAUAUGAAUGAAUAUUUAUGGUGACUGGUGUUUUUAAUGAGGCUCAGGGGAUUUCUGGUGUAUUAUUAUUAUUAUUAUUAUUAUUAUUGUUGUUGUUAAAUUUAAAUUCUAUGGAGUAGAGUGACCCCUGCAGGUGGAUUUUAAUAGUGCAGUAAUGAUGCUAACAACGUGCUAACACAAAAAAUCCCACUUUUUUCAUCAGAAAGAGAAAUGUUGAACUCCAGCUGUAAUCUGUAGAGUCAUGAAGCAUGAACAGUGACUGUUGAGGGAAGUUUUCAGAAGUCUGCUUUCUCUGUGUGUGUGUGUGUGUGUGUGUGUGUGUGUGUGUGUGUGUGUGUGUGUGUGUGUGUGGUUUGUGCAGAUUUGAGAAGUUUCAAAACUUCCUGUUUUUGCACCUGAUCUCUAAACUGAGAACAGGAAGCAGUGCAGAAGCUGAAACACAUUGGCGCUCAGAUCACACAGUUAAACACAAUAUUGUUGUCACUCGGAGCCACAGCACCGUGGUGCACACCUCACACAGUUCCUCUGAGCAGGAACCAGGAAAACAAAUGGACACUGUGGAGAAAAGCUCAGACUCUCCUGUGAACUCUGAAAAUUCAGGAGCUGCUGGACUGCUGAAUAUCUCCCUUCAGGAGAGGCUGGAUGACGAGAGUGUGAUCUUUAAUGACUCCAGGUUGGCAGGGAAGAUCCACACUGAGCUCCAGGGCCUGCGUCUGGACAACUGCCUCACCGAUGUGAUCCUCAGCGUCCAGGAGGAGAAGUUCCCCUGCCACAGAGCCGUCCUCGCUGCCACCAGCCUGUACUUCAGGACGAUGUUCUGUACAGACCUAAGAGAGAAAUAUGAAGAGUGCGUGAACAUUCAGGGAAUUGAUGCAGAAGACAUGAAGAUGCUGCUGGACUACAUCUACACCAGCAGAGUCCAUAUCACUAAAGACAACGUCCAGAAAACCCUGGAGGCAGCCAGUCUCUUCCAGUUCCCACGGGUGAUGGAGGCGUGUUCGCAUUUCCUGUCCGAGUCGCUCCACCCGGAGAACUGUGUCGGGGUUCUGAGGCUGGCCGACACACACUCCCUGGAGGAGCUGAAGAACCGUGUGCAGGACUACAUCAUGCAGAACUUCGGGCACGUGGUGGAGCACGAGGAGAUGCUGGAGCUGCCGCUGGAGGUGCUGGUGGAGCUGCUGAGAAAUGACGAGCUGGCUGUGAGCAAUGAGGAGUGUGUGUAUGAGGCAGUGAUUCGAUGGGUGAAGGCAUGUCCUGACGAGCGCCUGCCCUCACUGGCCCGGGUUCUCGCUCACGUUAGACUGCCGCUGUUGGAACCCUGCUACUUCCUGGAGAAGGUGGAGAGCAACGCCAUGAUCCGCUCCUGCACACAGGCUUUCCCUCUGCUACAGGAGGCUCGAGCUUAUCACUUGUCUGGGACUGAGGUGAUUUCUGAGCGUACUAAGCCCCGCCUCCAUCAGCACCAGUCGGAGGUGUUUGUGAUCAUUGGAGGCUGCACUAAAGAUGAGAAGUUCGUCUCAGAAGUGACGUGUCUGGACCCCCUGCGCAGGAGCCGUCUGGAGGUGGCCAAGCUUCCUGGCACAGAUACAGAGUCCGAGAGCGAAAGCAGGAAGUGGGUGGAGUUCGCUUGCGUUACCUUCCGUAACGAAGUGUACCUCUCAGGUGGAAAAGAGACGCAGCACGACGUGUGGAAGUAUAACGCGUCCCUCAACAAGUGGAUCCAGGUGGACUACCUGAGCACGGGACGAUGGAGACACAAGAUGGCGGUGUCGGGGGGGAAGGUGUACGCCAUGGGGGGCUUUGAUGGGGCUCAGAGACUCAGCAGCGUGGAGGUGUACGAUCCCUUUCACAACAGCUGGACAGAGGCGGCUCCUCUGCUCCUCGCAGUCAGCUCGUUUUCCGCCGCGAGUUACAGAAGUUGCAUCUUCGUUAUCGGAGGAGGACCGAAUGGGAAACUCGCCACCAACAGCCUGCAGUGUUUCGACACAGCGACUAAUAAAUGGACGUUAAAAAGCCCGAUGCCUGUGGAAGCGAAAUGCACCAACGCCGUAACGUUCAGAGACGUCAUCUACGUCGUGGGCGGGGCAAUGAAGGCGUUGUUUAGCUACAGUCCAGGCAAGGACGUGUGGACGAUGGUCACUCAGCUGGACAGUGAGCGAGCGAGUUGCGGCCUCUCAGCAUGCUGUAAUAAACUCUUCAUCACCGGAGGGAGGGACGACAAGAACACCGUCAUCGGCACGGUUCUCUGCUGGGACCCGGACAAGAACACGCUGACGGAGGAGUGUGUGCUGCCUCGGGGAGUCUCCCACCACGGCAGCGUCACGCUCAGGAAGUCUUACACACACAUCCGCAGGAUCACCACCACCACCAGCACCACCACCCAGGCUGAGUGACAUCAUCAUCAUCAUCAUGUUUACACCUGGAGAACCCACAACACUGCACAGCUCUGACUCGAGCGAGAAACGUUUUAUUAAAACAGAAAACCUUAUCAAAGGUACAAACAUAAUGUAUGUGAUGUAAAAGUGAUGCAGUGUGAAGGACAGAGUGCAGAAAUCCAGCUGUGCUCCAUCACCACACAUCUGGCUUCCCCCCCCACCCCCCACACACACGCGCGCUUCCUCGGUUCACUUGUGUGCAUUUUCAAGUCUGACAGAUAAAAGAAAAUAAAAAGGCACAAAUUCAGCUCUUCAA